AUGCUGGGGCUGCUCGUGGCGGUGCUGGCCCUGGCGCUCGCCUACUUCGCGCUGCUGGACGGCUGGUACCUGGUGCGCGUGCCGUGCGCCGUACUGCGCGCGCGCCUGCUGCAGCCCCGCGUCCGUGACCUGCUGGCUGAGCAGAGCUACGCGGGCCGCGUGCUGCCCUCGGACUUGGACCUGCUGCUGCACAUGAACAACGCGCGCUACCUGCGCGAGGCCGACGUGGCGCGCGCCGCUCACCUGGCCCGCUGCGGCGUGCUUGGGGCUCUGCGCGCGCUCGGGGCGCGCGCCGUGCUGGCCGCUUCGUGCGCGCGCUACCGCCGCUCGCUGCGUCUGCUCGAGCCGUUCGAGGUGCGCACCCGCCUGCUGGGCUGGGACGACCGCGCCUUCUACCUGGAGGCGCGCUUCAUCAGCCUGCGCGACGGCUUCGUGUGCGCGCUGCUGCGCUCCCGCCAGCACGUGCUGGGCACCUCGCCGGAGCGCGUCGUGCAGCACCUGUGCAAGCGCAGGGUGGAGCCCCCUGAGCUGCCAGCCGACCUGCAGCACUGGAUCGCCUACAAUGAGGCCAGCAGCCAGCUGCUCCGGGCCGAGAGCGGGCUCAGCGAUGUUGUAAAGGACCAGUGA